CUUUGUUUCAAUUUUAGACGUAGAGAAUUGCUUAUUUAAACCUAUAAAGUCAUUUCACCGGAGUUUCAUCUUUAAACAUAAACCAAGAAGCACUACUGUAUUUAAAAGAUUUCUCCUCAAAACUCAGAGGGGAAAAAAAAAAUUGUACAGAGAAAAAUUAGAGAGAGAAAUACUUUAUUUUCUCCAAUUUCGUGAAGGAAAAAAAUCCAGUGUUGUGGGUGUUUGUGAAGUGGGAACUGUGUUAUUUGAUUCAAACUGGGCCUACAUAUCCAAUCUGCAAAAUUCACUGUUUGGAUCACUUUUUUCUUACGCUUUGAAAGUGGUUUUUUUGAAGAAUCUGGGGCUGAAUCAUUCAAAAUUUUCUGAUUCGCCGAAGAAGUUCAAUGGAAGAGAAGAAGAUAGCGGAGGUGAUUUAAAUGGAUUCAAUUGCGACGCAGUGAAGUGAACGUAGGAUUUUUGAGAAUUCUUCAUCGAAAAUGCGCCUCCGAUCGUGAAAUCGGAGGCGGAUCUGAACGGCAGUUGAAAAGCUGGAAAUUUUUUGCGAAAUUCAGUUUAUUUUGCCGCGGAAUUUUCGUCAAUUUAUUGCAAUUUGAUCAGUAAUUCUGAAUUGAAGUUUCGAUAUAAAUGGAACUGCCUCAACCCAGACCUCUAGAAACCGAAGUUUUAUGUGUUAUUACAGGUAGAAAGGCAACCCAUGAUUUUCUAUCACUGCAUUCACCUGUCCAACAAGAUCCACGACCUCCGCAAGGUGGCUACCUUAAAACUCAGGACCUCUUACAACCGUUGGAACGUGUUGGGAAGCAUGCUACCAAAGAAGAAAACAAAAUUGUAAUUACUGCUAUUGAAAAGCCUCCACCUCCAGGUCCUCCUCCCUCAGUGGAGCAUGUUCUUCCUGGUGGCAUUGGGACAUGCAGCAUUUCUUAUUUAAAUCAAAGAGUUUUAAAGCCAGAGGGGAGCUUAUUUAUGGCGCAGGCAAGUACCACAAGAAGUGAUGAAAACCAAAACCCCGAUUCUUACGCUGGAAGUGGUUUAAUGCUGUGGGAUGAAUCUUCGGUAAAAAAGGGACAGACAGGGAAGGAGAAUAUUGCUGCAGAGAGACAUGUCCUGAGAGAAUCAGGUCUGAACGGAGUGGGAGGCAAAUGGAUGACAGUGUUGGAACCUCCAUCACAGUCAUCUUCCAACCGGAGUCACAAUUCCAACACCUUGAGUUCUUUCUUGUCCUCUCAGCCAUCAUCAUCUCAGAAAAACAAGAGUUUAAAAAAUAUGAUGACAUCAGCAACUAAUGACCGAGAAGAGGACUACGAUGAUGGCAACGAGGAGUUCGUCGUUAAGAAAGAGACCACACCUUACCCAAAAGGUAAUUUUUCUGUAAAUGUUGAAGGAAAGCCCACGGAUCAAAAGCCUAACACAGCACGUUCAAAACACUCAGCAACGGAGAAACGUAGAAGAAGCAAGAUCAAUGAUAGAUUCCAGAGGCUGAGGGAGAUUAUUCCUCAUAGUGAGCAAAAGAGAGACAAGGCAUCGUUCUUACUAGAGGUCAUCGAGUACAUUCAGUUCUUGCAAGAGAAAGUACACAAGUAUGAAAGUUCAUAUAAUGUCUGGAACCAUGAACCGUCAAAGUUCUUGCAAUGCAGUCAGUCUCAUAUAGCUGAAGGUUUCAUUGAUCACUCACGAGGAAUGAACCCGGAGUCGACUUCAGCAUCAGUUUUUCCUGCAAAGUUUGAUGAGAACAAGAAUUUCGUCUCUCCCGCCAUCCCAAUCAAUGGACAAAACCUAGUAGAAUCAGACACAAAAACUGCAACAACUUCCAGAGACAGGGAGCCUUCAUUAAGAACUAAGACAGCACCAGUUCUUCCAAUAAUGCAGCGCAACAUUUUCUCUUUUGGUAGUACCGGCAUUGCAGCAUCCCCAGAUUCCCCAAUACCAGCAUCUGAUGCAGAUAAAACUGCAACUUGGCCUCAAUCCCAUUUGUUGCAGAACAGAUCUCGUGUGACCGAAUGCACUGUUGUCGAUGAUAAGAUGAAAAACCAGGAACUGACUAUUGAAAGCGGUACAAUAAGCAUCUCAAACGCAUAUUCUCAAAAGUUGUUGAAUACUCUUACACAAGCACUAAAAAAUACCGGGGUAGAUCUAUCACGAGCCAACAUCUCAGUACGGAUUGAUCUUGGGAAAAGAGCUCCAGUUUCUUCAGCAUCCACUGUCAAGGAUGAAGAUGAUGUCCCGACCGGCAAUAAAGCCUUGCCUCGUUCUAGAGCUGCAAGUACAGAGGAGUCUGAACAAGCCUUAAAGAGACUCAAAACUAGAUGAAAUCUGAUGCUAGUUUAACAGUAUAGUAAUAUUUUUCAUUUUUAGUAUUAAUUAAUUUUUUUGGGUUCCCCUUUUCCUUUCUAAGAAGGCUCAUCAAUGUCCAUGUCAACAUAGAAACCCGCCUAACUGAAAUCUGGAACCUUUGUACAUGUCUCUUUUUUGUUCAAGUCUAGGGAUUCUUAAA